AUGACGAUGAUAAGCAACCUGGUACGAUAUGGUAGAAGGCAGCUUCACACAAUAGUCUCUAGAGAAAUCAUCAAACCCUCUUCUCCGACACCUUCCCACCUCAAAACUCACAAUCUUUCGAUAAUGGAUCAAAUCACGCCCAACACAUUUAUGCCAAUAGUUACAUUCUACCCAAACACCCGCGGGAUUUAUCGUGGUUUCCAUGAUAAGACACUUAACCUGAAGAACUCAUUGUCUCAAACAUUAACAAAGUACUAUCCUUUUGCUGGUAGAUUCGCUAAAGUGAAACCUUCGUAUGUAGAUUGCAACGACAAUGGAGCUGAGUUCCUUGAAGCAUCCAUUGAUACCACACUAUCGGAUUUCCUUCAAAACUCGUCGCAUGAAGAUCUUGACCAAUUCUUUCCACAUGGUCUAGUACAUUUCAACUCCAACUACGGAGAUGAUGAUCUUCAAAGUGAUCAAGUGACUCCACUGGAGGUUCAGAUCAACCAUUUUGAAUGUGGAGGAGUAGCGGUGGCAGUGUCGUUGUCACACAAGAUUGCAGACGGAAGCAGUUUGGUUCAUUUUAUAAACGAUUGGGCUAAAAUGACACGACGGAAAUAUGAGUUCUCCAUUGACGACCCCUUCUUUUUUCCUUUCCAAUACAUGAAUCUAAAUCCAAGUAGGUAUAUCAUAUCGAGACCUGACGAUUGUCUCAUCACAAGAAGGUUCAUGUUCCCCGGUUCAAAGAUAAACGAGCUUAAACUGAAAGUGAAAGCCAUGGCAGCAGAAUCUGGUCAACCGAUCACAAACCCUACUCGUGUUGAAGUCUUGACCUGGCUGCUUUACAAGUGUGCAAUGGCAGCAGCUACUAAAAAUAAUUCAGGAUCUUUCAAACCCACUGGUGCUGUCCAAAUAGCAAACCUUAGAGGCUUAAUGAUGGAGCAGCUUCCGGAAAAGAGCAUUGGAAAUUUGAUAAUGCCCAUGGAGAUUCUAAUAAAGAAGGAAAGUGAAAUGAACCCCGAGUUAUUCAUUAGUGGGUUCAAGAAGCAAAAAAUACAAUUCAAAUCCCUAAGAAAUAUUGAAACUGUCUUUGGUGUUCUAGACAGUGAUUUAGAAGAACAACUAAGAAAAGUUGAUGACGUUUAUAUCUUUACAAGCCUGUGUGGAUAUCAUGCAUAUGAGAUUGAUUUUGGUUGGGGAGAGCCUAUAAAAGUAGCCCUUGCCGGAGUUGCGAGGAAAAAUACCUUUAUUCUUACAGAUGCCCCGAACAAGGAUGGUAUUGAAGUACUCAUGUGUUUGGGAGAGCAUGACCUUGCCAUUGUUCAAAGUGACCCCGAACUUCUUGCCUUUGGCUAUUUUUAG